AUAACUAUUCCAGUCCCUAAUUUUGUAUUUCUUUUCCAGCAUGUCUGGAGCUCGUAUCGUUGUUCACCUGGCACAUGCUCUGAAGCCAGGCCAGAAAGGUGUUGCUUCAAUUUGUAAUGGUGGAGGAGGAGCUUCUGCCAUCAUGAUUGAAAAGCUGCACCAUCCCAAAACCUCAAGUAAGCCAACUGUGACCCUCUUUACGAAGAACCCUUGUCCACUUUGUGAAGUUGCACUUGAGGUUUUAGAACCACUGAGAGACCAGUUUAAACUUGUUGAGGUGGAUAUAACUGCACCAGACAAUGAAAAAUGGUUUAAUUUGUAUAAGUAUGAAAUCCCAGUGUUUCACUUUGAAGGCCAGUUCUUGAUGAAACACAGAGCAGAUUUUAAUUUGUUACAUAAAAAAAUUAUUGAAUUUCAAGAAAGUUAACUCUGGUUUAGGUAUUCUUUUCUCAUUAAGAUUUUCUUUCUUUAGACUAAGUACUUGACAAAAAUUUAUCGCACAUCAUAACCUUGAACAGAAAAUAAUUAUUUUUGUGUAUAAAUAAAUAAAUAUAUGUAUAUGUUACUUUGGGAUUGCAUAAUAAGUUUAGGCAUAUAUUAAAAUAUAAUUUUGUCUGAUAAUCAACAAACACAAACUUGGUCAGGAAGUUCCUGUAGCACUGGAAAUAUUUACCUUAACAAUUCUUAUAUUAGUUUGUAAAGAUGUAUAAUUCAUGAAUAAAUAUCACCAAAGUGU